AUGAAUCAUUCUACUAAUGAUAACCAGAGCGGAUCAUGUGAAGGUAAUGACAUCAUUAUGUCUACUGUUGAUAACAGCAAUGUUUAUGAAAAUGGAGGAAAUAGAACUUGUGGUGAAAUAAAUCAUGCAUCAAUGGUUAAUUCUGAUCAUGUCAAUCGACUUGAAAAAGAAACUACUGCUUCUAAUGAUCGUGUUAAAAAGGAAAAUUUCAAAACUGUUCAAAUAACUGAUUUUGACUCUCUCCAUCCAAAUGACGAUAUAUCAUCACUUAAAUUUUACAAAUCUCUUUUAAGAAAAGUAUUAGCAAUGAACUUUGGAGAUGAAAUUGAUUCUGGUAGAUUUGUCUUAUCUAAAGAAACUUUUGAGACAAUUAUCAAUAAAUUGGAGAAGAAGAAAAGUAAAAAACGAUUUGAAGAAGUUGAAAACAUUUUGUAUAAGUCUAUAAAUUAUGUUUUAAAAAAAAAAGAAGAAGAAUUUGAUAGAAUGGAUUUUAUAGAAAGUAUUGAAGAUUACCUUAUAAGACUUUUAAAGUUACCAAUGAAGUUCUCUGUUAGAAAAACUUUUUUUAGUCUUAUAUUUCUUAUUACUUUACUUUCAACUGAAAAAGAGAGAAGUGCUACCAUACAUCAAAGUAUGGAAAAUUUGAUUUGUUACAAUACUUAUGUUAAAUACAUUGUUCCAUUUAUGAAAAUAAUAAUAAAAGAAGUAACUCCAAAGGAGGAAAAGUUAGAAAUUAGAACAAUGUUUAAGAUCUUGUAUGACAGAUUCCGUUCUAAUUUUGCUUACCACAUCUUACCAUUAGAUAAUUCAAUUUUUACUAUUGAAUAUGCUAUAAUUCAUCUAUUUGAUGUACUCCGAGAAGAAGGUGUUGAAUAUGCUUUGAAUAAUACUUUUAUUAUUGGAAUUGUGAGAGAUCUAACAUUGUACUUAAAAAAAAUAUUUUUGGAUAAUGAUGGCCCAUUUUCAAAGUACACUAUUAAUGUGUAUAUAAAAAGAAAGUUAUUUGCACUUGGAAUUGUUAUGAAUGAAGUUGGAUAUUGUGUUUUGAGAGAUGAUACUUGCUACUUAAUGUUUAUCCAUCAAGUUUUUGUUUGGAAAAAAAUAAUAGAAUUUCUUGUUGGUCCUGAAGAUUUAUACGAUGAUGAGUCAUUAGAUAAAGGACUAACUUUUACUUUUGGUCGUUUAAAGGAUUUGAAAAAGAGCUAUGAAGAGCUUUUUAAUUCAUAUUUAGAAAAAAUGGAACGUGAAUGUAAUGAGUAA